AUGGCAGCCACCAGCGAGUUUGUGGCUGGCAGGACACACAUAACCCCGCCAGCUCGGUCCCUGCCGGUCCGUCCGCCCAGCUCCGUCCUGGGCGGCAGUGCAGCGGAGCUACGGGGGGGCCAGCGAAGCCUCCGCAGGGAGACACCAGAGCAGGCCCAGACGGGAGGCCAGAGGCAAGCAGAGAGGCCCUGGAGCAGAGCGGGCGGCGGCCACGCUCAGGACCUGCCCGCGAUGGAGCCAGGAGGGUGCCGCUUGGCCCGGAGGCUGGGGUGCCAGCUCUGGAUGGCCAUCAGCAAGGCGCUGUUCGCCGAGUUCCUGGCCACGGGGCUGUACGUGUUCUUCGGCGUGGGCUCGGCCAUGCACUGGCCCUCGGCGCGUCCCUCUGUGCUGCAGAUCGCCAUCACCUUCAACCUGGCCACGGCCAUGGUGGUGCAGGUGACCUGGAAGGCCAGUGGGGCUCACGUCAACCCCGCGGUGACACUGGCCUACCUCGUGGGCUCCCAGAUCUCCCUGCCCCGCGCUGUGGCCUAUGUGGCUGCCCAACUCGCAGGGGCCAUUGUGGGGGCUGCUCUGCUCUACAGGGUCACACCAGGAGACAUCCGAGAGACCCUCGAGGUCAACGUGGUGCAGAGCAGAGUCUCGGCGGGCCAGGCGGUGGCGGUGGAGCUGGUGCUGACCCUGCAGCUGGUGCUCUGUGUCUUUGCUUCCACCGACAGCCGGCAGACAUCGGCCUCCCCGGCCGCCAUGAUUGGGACCUCCGUGGCCUUGGGCCACCUCAUCGGGGUCUACUACACCGGCUGUUCCAUGAACCCGGCCCGCUCCUUCGGUCCUGCUGUCAUCGUUGGCAAGUUCGAAGUCCACUGGGUCUUCUGGGUGGGACCCCUGACAGGGGCUGUCCUGGCAUCGCUGAUCUACAACUUUAUCCUGUUCCCUGACACCAAGACCCUGGCCCAGCGGCUGGCCAUCCUCACAGGCACUUCGGAGAUGGAGAAAGUGGAAAUGGUGGAGCCCCAGAAACACAAACCCCGAUCCAAUCCAGGGGACACGGAAAUGGAGAACGUGGGUCAGAUAGCAUAGAACUUGGCCCUUGCCGCAGGCUUUUGAGAGGCCUGUGCGUGGGCAGAGUGCCUCGUGUGGCCGGAUUUCAGGUUUUCUGAGGAAAGGGGGGUGUUUAAGGGCGUGUAGGGAGGCUUGGCCUCUUGUCCUAACAGGUGGGGCGGGGGAUACCAAUCCCUCUCCCGGGCAUUACAUUUCUAGAUAGAAGCCGGGCAGCAAAUCUGUUCCGCUUCCUCCUCCUCCAUCUCUAACGGGACAGAGCAGAGGGAGGCAGGGGGAUUCACGCCAGGGCUCCCGGCUGGUACAGGGGAGGUGACUCCAGAUCCCCAGGUCUUGGGGAGAACAGGAGAAUU